AUGGCGCCGGCUCUGCACACCUCUGCCGCCAUGCUCGUGCGACGACAGCUGGCCGGAGCUCCGAGCACCACCAGCUCGCUGGCUGUUGUGGCCAACCGACUCGUGGCCGCACAGCAGUACCAGACUCGAGGAUACGCUACUCCCAUGGGCCCUCCUCCCAAGAACUUCCGAACGAGCAGGCAAACCGAGUGGCCGUGGGACAAGGAGAAGACGCUGGACCGGUUGGGCAAGUACUUCCUCUUGACAGAGAUGGCGAGAGGAAUGUACGUCCUGAUGGAGCAGUUCUUCCGACCUCCGUACACCAUUUACUACCCUUUCGAGAAGGGUCCUAUUUCCCCCCGAUUCCGUGGCGAGCACGCCCUGAGACGAUAUCCUUCCGGUGAAGAGCGUUGCAUUGCCUGCAAGCUCUGCGAGGCUAUUUGCCCUGCCCAAGCCAUCACCAUCGAGGCUGAAGAACGUGCCGACGGCUCACGCAGAACUACUCGUUACGAUAUCGACAUGACCAAGUGCAUCUACUGCGGUUUUUGCCAGGAAUCAUGCCCCGUUGAUGCGAUUGUGGAGAGUCCCAAUGCCGAAUAUGCUACCGAGACGAGAGAAGAGUUGCUGUACAACAAGGAGAAACUUUUGGCCAACGGAGACAAGUGGGAGCCUGAGCUGGCGGCUGCUAUUCGCGCUGAUGCCCCUUACCGAUAA